UUCUCGAUGGAAAUCUUGACAGAAACUCAGAGGUGAAACAUGCUAUUUAUGGAGUGUUGACAAAAUAUCUCCGAUUUCUGCCUCAAACUCACCAGGGUGGGGUGUGUAUGAGAACAGAGGUGUUUGGAGUGAAACAAAAGCCAAUGUGUUAUUCCCAGGCCAUUGGUGUAGCCAGGAGUGGUACCAUUCCAGACAGCAGCUUCUCAGCCUCGUCAGAAUAUAACUCAGUAUAUGCAGCUAAAUAUGGUCGCCUAAAUAAUGCAAAGUCAUGGGCACCAAGGGGGAACAGUAAUGCUAAUGAUUACCUUCAAAUUGACCUGCUGUUUGAGUACGUCAUCUGUGCCGUAGCUACACAGGGAAAUCCAAGAGCUAGGGAGUGGACAACAAAGUACAAGUUACGAUUAUCCCUUGAUAAUACAAACUUUUUCACCUAUCAGGAAAACAGUGCCGACAAGGUCUUCGAUGGAAAUAGUGGACAAAAUGACAUUGAAAAGCACAGUCUUGAUAAAUUUACAAGUGCGAGGUAUAUCCGCUUCCAGCCGACAGCUUAUUCAAGUUAUAAAGGUUUGAGAGUGGAACUGUAUGGAAUUCGUGUGAUCAGAGUUCCAUCACAAUCCCCCAGUAGUUUCACUUUGACUGCAAGCUCAUCUACUAGUAUUACAGCAUCCUGGCAGUUACCAUCAGGAAUUGCCAGAAAUGGAAGGAUAAGAGGGUUUAAGCUGUUCUUCAGAAAGAAAGGUUCAGCAGGGUCAGUAACCACUUUGACAAUUAACAGUGGAGCCACACGGAGUAGAGUUGUCACUGGACUUGAUAAGUACACAGAAUACGAAUUGCAAGUGUUAGCCUUCACUUCGGCAGGGGAUGGACCAAAGAGUUCUGUUAAGGUGAAGAGAACACUGGAAGAUGUUCCAUCACAACCUCCCAGCAGUGUCACUGUGACUGCAGUUACUUCUACAAUUGUGAGAGUAUCUUGGCAGUUACCACCAGUGGGCUCCAGAAAUGGAAUCAUUACAGGAUUUAAAUUGUUUUUGAAAAGAAAAAGCUUUCUAGGCCUUGCAAAUGUAACGACUAUUAACAAUGGAGCAACUAAUACUAAAGAUUUUACAGGGCUUUUUAAGUACACAGAAUAUGAAUUCCAAAUGUUGGCCUUCACUUCAGCUGGCGAUGGACCAAAGAGUUCUUCCCUAGUGGAGAGAACUUUAAAAGAUGGAGAUUGUGUUGACCUGGAUAUUGGAAUGGAAGGUGGAGAAAUUCAAGACAAUGAAAUAACUGCUUCUUCUGCACAAAAUGCUGGCACACCAGCCAAGAAUGGUCGACUGAACUACACAUCAGGAUCUUCAUGGUGUGCAGGAACAAGUGAUAGUAACCCAUAUCUACAGAUUGAUCUUCAGACACUUCAUAUCAUCUGUGCUGUGUCCACUCAAGGGAAUUCUCAAGCAGAUCAGUGGGUGAAGACUUACAAACUACAAUUAUCCACAGAUGGGACAAAUUGGGAAGACUACAAGGAAGGUGGACAAGUUAAGGUUUUAGAAGGAAAUGCUAAUAGAAAUUCAGUGGUUAAACACCCUGUUUAUGAAGUAUUAACAAGGUAUCUGCGAUUUCUGCCACAAACACACCAUGGUAAGGUGUGUAUGAGAACAGAGGUGUUUGGGGUGAAACAAAAUCCAAGAUGUUCUAUGCAGGCCAUUGGUGUAGCCAGGAGGGAUACCAUUCCAGACAGCAGCUUUUCAGCCUUGUCAGAAUUUAGUUCAGUAUAUGCAGCUAAAUAUGGUCGCCUAAAUGGCGCAAAGUCAUGGGCACCAAGGGGGAACAAUAAUGCUAAUGAUUACCUUCAAAUUGACCUUUUGUUUGAGUAUGUCAUCUGUGCUGUAGCUACACAGGGAAAUCCAAGCAGUAAAGAGUGGACAACAAAGUACAAGAUACGCUUAUCACUUAAAGACACAAACUUUGUCACCUAUCAGGAAAACAAUGCUGAUAAGGUCUUCAAUGGAAAUUCAGGAAAAAAUGACAUUGUAAAACAGAGUCUCAAUGAAUUUGCUAGUGCAAAGUAUAUCCGCUUCCAGCCAACAGCUUUUUCAGGAUAUAAGGGUUUGAGAGUGGAAGUGUAUGGAAUACGAGUAACUCAAGUUCCAUCACCACCCCCUGGUAACUUCGCAUUGACUGCAAAUUCCUCAACUAGCAUUGAAGCUUCCUGGCAGUUGCCACCAAGAUAUGCCAGACAUGGAAUCAUUGCAGGAUUUAAAUUGUUUUACAAAAAGCGUGGUUCCCAAGCGCCAGCAGCGCUCUUGACCGUUAGCAAUGGAGCGACACUAAGUACAGUUGUCACUGGGCUGGAAAAGUAUACGGUGUAUGAAUUCAAAGUGUUAGCCUUUACUUCUCAUGGAGACGGAGCAAGGAGUCCCCCUGAGGUGCAGAGAACAAUGGAAGAUGUUCCAUCACGAGCACCUGGCCGCUUUAAUGUGACUGCUAUUAGUUCAACCAGUAUUACAGUAUCAUGGCAGUUACCACCAGCGAACUCGAGACAUGGAAUUAUUACAGGAUUUAAGUUGUACCUCAAAAAGAAAUCGUUCUCAGGGUUGGCUACCAUAUUUAGUAUAAACGAUGGUGCAAGUCGUAACAAAGUUUUCACGGGAUUAGACAAGUACACAGAAUAUGAAUUUCAUGUGUUGGCCUUCACUUCUGUCGGGGAUGGACCAAAGACUUCUGUCGUUUUGACAAGAACAAAGGAAGAUGUUCCUUCUCAACCUCCGAGUAAUUUCACAGUGACUUCGUGGUCCUCUACCAGUAUUGAAGCAACAUGGACACUACCACCAGCAAACUCCAGAAAUGGAUUAAUCAGAGGAUUUAAAUUGUUGUACAAAAAGAAAACCUCUGCCAUCUCAGCAACAUCUUUAAUUAUCAACAGUGGAGCGAGGCCUUCUAUAAAUUUUUAUCUCACCGGACUUGAGAAGUACACAGAAUAUGAAUUUCAAGUGUUGGCCUUCACUUCGGUUGGUGAUGGAUUAAAGAGUUCUGUUAAGGUGGAGAAAACAAUGGAGGAUGCUCCUUCAAGUGCACCAACUAACUUCACUGUGACUGCAAGCUCUCCUAAUGUUAUAAAAGCAUCCUGGCAGUUACCACCAGCAGACAACAGAAAUGGAAUAAUCACUGGAUAUAAAUUGUUCUACAAAAGAAAGAACUCGGGAGGACCAGCAACCAUGAUAACUAUCACGAGUGGAGCAACUCAUACAAAGGAUGUCACUGGGCUUGUUAAAUACACUGAAUAUGAAUUUCAAGUACUGGCUUUCACUUCUGUUGGUGAUGGGCCGAAGAGCUCUGUCGAGGUUAUGAGAACAGUGGGAGAUGUUCCUACGAAAGCACCCUCCAACUUCGUUGCCACUGCAAGCUCUUCUACCAGUAUAACAGUAUCCUGGCAGUUACCACCAGCAGGCUCUAGACAUGGAAUAAUCACAGGAUUUAAAUUGUUUUACAAAGAGGGAGGCUCUGCAGGGUCAGCAGCCCUCUUGUCCAUUAAUAGUGGGGCAACAUUUAGUAAAACAGUUACUGGGCUUGAUAAAUACACAGAAUAUGAAUUUCAAGUGUUGGCCUUCACUUCUGUUGGCGAUGGACCAAAAAGUUCUGUUAAGGUCGAGAGAACAAUGGAAGAUGCUCCUUCAAAACCACCAAGUAGCUUUACUGUGACCGCAAGCUCUUCAACCAGUAUCACAGCAUCUUGGCGGUUACCAUCAGCAGACUCCAGACAUGGAAUCAUCACAGGAUUUAAAUUAUACUAUAAAAGAAAAGGCUCUGUAGGUUUAGCUGCCAUGGUAACUGUUAACAAUGGAACAGUUUUUGCUGAAGAUGUGCCUGGGCUUGAAAAGUACACAGAAUAUGAGUUUCAAGUGUUGGCUUUCACUUCUGCUGGUGAUGGACCCAAAAGCUCUGUUAUUGUGGAUAGAACGAAUGAAGAUGUUCCUUCCAAAGCACCUUCGAACUUAAGCGUGACGGCGCGCUCGUCCACGAGCGUUACAGCAUCCUGGCAGCUACCGCCAGCAAACUCUAGGCAUGGAAUCAUCACAGGAUAUAAAUUGUUUUACAAAAUUAGGGGAUCUACUAGGGCACCAACUAUUUUAUCUAUUAGUAGUGUUUACAGUGGGGCUAAACAGAGGAGAAACAUAAAUGGACUUAUGAAAUACACAGAAUAUCAGUUUCAAGUGUUGGCCUUUACUUCUGCUGGUGAUGGACCAAAGAGUUUAUUUGAGGUGGAGAGAACAAUGGAAGAUGUGCCAUCGCAAGCUCCAAGUAACUUCACUGUAGUUGUAAAUAGUUCCACCAGCGUUACAGCAUCUUGGCAGUUACCGUUAAAGGAUUCUAGACAUGGGAUCAUCAGGGGAUUUAAAUUGUUUUUCAACGAGAAGUCUUUGUCAGGGUUGGCAACCAGUUUAAGGAUAAAUGAUGGAGCAAGUCGUAAAAAAACUGUCGCUGGAUUAGACAAGUACACAGAAUAUGAAUUUCAAGUGUUAGCCUUCACUUCUAUUGGAGAUGGACCAAACAGUUCUGUUAAGGCGGAGAGAACAAUGGAAGAUGUUCCUUCAAAAACACCCCUGAACUUCACUGUGGCUGCAAACUCUUCUACCUCUAUAACAGCAUCCUGGCAACUACCACCAGCAAACUCCAGACAUGGAAUAAUCAAAGGAUUUAAAUUGUUUUACCGAAAAAAAAGCUCAGCGGGAUCAGCAGUUAGCUUGACCAUUAACAAUGGAUCAACAUUGAAGAGAGUUUUCACUGGGCUUGAUAAAUACAUAGAAUAUGAAUUCCAAGUGUUGGCCUUUACUUCCGCUGGGGAAGGACCAAAAAGUUCCGUUAUACUGGAGAGAACAAUGGAAGAUGUUCCAUCAAAACCUCCAAGAAACUUUACUGUAACUGUACUGAGUUCUACUAGAAUUUCGGCAUUUUGGCAAUCGCCGCCUGCAGACUCCAGGAAUGGAAUUAUCACAGGAUUUAAAUUAUUUUACCAAAAGAGAGGUUUUGUGAUGUUUCCAUCUACAACAAUUAUUACAAAUAGAACAACUCGCUCCAGAGAAGUCAGUGGGCUUGAAAAGUACACAGAUUAUGAAUUUCGAAUGUUGGCCUUCACUUCAGUUGGUGAUGGAGUAAACAGUUCUGUGGUAGUGGAGAGAACAAAGGAAGAUGUCCCUUCCUAUGCCCCACUUAACUUCACUGUAACUUCGAGCAAUUCUACCAGUGUUACAGCAGCGUGGCGGUUACCACCAGCAGGGUCCAGACAUGGAAUCAUCUUAGGAUUUAAAUUGUUCUACAGAAAGACAGGAUCUCUCAGGUUACACACAAUGCUAUCGAUCAGAAACGGAACAACUCGCACUGUGCUUGUCACUGGACUUGAUAAGAACACGGAAUAUGAAUUUCAAGUGUUGGCCUUCACUUCUGUUGGUGAUGGACCAAAGACCUCUGUUAACGUCGAGAAAACUAAAGAGGAUGUUCCGUUCACAGCACCCAGUAACCUUACUGUGAUUGUGAAUAAUUCCACCAGUGUAACAGCAUCCUGGCAACUACCACUAGAAAUUGACAGAAAUGGAGUCAUCAGAGGAUUUAGAUUAUUGUACAGAAAAAAGCACUCUGGAGGGCCACCGAAAACUUUAACUAUUGGCAACGGAACAACUCACAGUCAAGACGUCGCAGCGCUCGAUAAGUACACGGAAUAUGAAUUUCAAAUAUUGGCCUUUACUUCUGUCGGUGAUGGACCAAAAAGUACUGCUGUGUUUGCAAGAACAAAGGAAGAUGUUCCAUCGCGAGCUCCGGCCAACUUAACUCUCACUUCAAGUAAUUCUACCAGUAUUACAGCAUCCUGGCAGUUACCACCAGUAAACUUCAGAAAUGGAAUAAUUAGAGGAUUUAAAUUGUUCCACAAGAUGAAAGAUUCUCCCAGAAAACAAACUAUGUUAACUAUUUCAAAUGGUGCAAGUCGAACUAAAGAGUUGACUGGGCUUGCUAAAUACACAGAGUACGAGGUUCGCUUAUUGGCUUUUACUUCUGUUGGCGAUGGACCAAAGAGUGUGGUCAAGUUUGUGAAAACAAACGAAGAUAUCCCAUCCAAAGCUCCAGGCAACUUCAGUCUGGCUGCAACUAGUUCUACGAGUAUUAAAGCAUUUUGGCAGUUACCACCAGCAGACUCUAGAAAUGGGAUCGUAAGGGGAUUUAGAUUGUUUUACAAAAGGAAAGACUCAUUGGAAUUGCAAACAUUAGUAUCUGUUAAAAACGGGACGACUCGUAGUAAACUUGUCACUGGGCUUGAUAAGUACACAGUUUAUGAAUUUCAAGUGUUGGCGUUUACUUCUGUUGGUGAUGGCAUAAAUAGCUCCAUUGUGGCGAAAAGAACAAAAGAAGAUGUCCCCUCCAUCGCCCCAAGCAACCUUACUGUGGCUGUGAUAAAUUCUACUAGUGUAACGGUAUCCUGGCAGGUACGACCAGAAAUUUUUAGCAACGGAAUCAUCGGAGGAUUUAAAUUAUUCUACAGAAAGAACAGCUCUGCAGUGUUGCCGACCAUUUUGACCAUUAAAAAUGGAACAAUUCACCGUCAAGAUAUUACCGGGCUUGAUAGGUACACAAGGUAUGAAUUUCAAGUGUUGGCCUUCACUUCUGUCGGUGAUGGACCGAAGAGUGCUGUUUUGGUUGAGAGAACGAAGGAAGAUGUUCCUUCGCAAGCUCCUGGUAACUUUACCGUGACUACAGGUUCUUCUACAAGUAUUACAGCAGCCUGGCAGUUACCGCAAGUCGACUCCAGAAAUGGAAUCAUCUCAGGAUUUAAGCUGUUUUAUAGGAAAAAAAGCUCUGCGGGGAAAGAAAUUACGCUAGUUAUUGCAAAUGGUACUAGUCGCUCAAAAACAUUGACAGGGCUAGCUAAAUACACCGAGUACGAGUUUGAGUUAUUGGCUUUUACUUCUGUUGGUGAUGGACCAAAGUCCUCAGUUAAGGUUGCGAAGACAAAAGAAGAUAUUCCAUCGAAAGCUCCGGGUAACUUCACUCUGUGUCCAGCUAGUUCUACGAGAAUUACAGUAUCCUGGAAGCUACCACCAGCUGACUCUAGACAUGGAAUCCUCAGAGGAUUUAAACUGUUCUACAGAAAGAAAGGCCCUGCAGGAUUACAAACAGUGAUAACGAUUAAAAAUGGAACAGAUCGUAGUAAACUUGUCACUGGGCUUGAAAAGUACACAGAAUAUGAAUUUCAAAUGUUGGCUUUCACUUCUGUUGGUGAUGGACCAAAAACCCCUCUUCGUUUCGAAAGAACAAAUGAGGAUGUUCCAUAUACAGCACCCCGCAACCUCACCGUGGCUGCAAGUAAUUCUACAAGUGUGACAGUAUCCUGGCAGCUCCCGCCAGAAAUUUCCAGAAAUGGUGUCAUCAGAGGACUAAAAGUGUUGUACAGAGAGAAAAGCUCUGCAGCGCUUCCUAGAAUUUUGACCAUAAACAACGGAACAAUUGAAAGUCAAGCUGUCACUGGGCUUGAUAAGUACACACAGUAUGAUUUUCAGGUGGUGGCUUUUACUUCAGUUGGUGAUGGACCAAGAAGUUCUGUUGUAGUUGAGAGAACAAAAGAAGAUGUUCCCUCGCAAGCUCCUUCUAACUUUACUGUGACUUCAAGCAAUUCUACCAGUAUCGAAGUAAUGUGGCAGUUACCACCAGCAGACUCCAGAAAUGGAAUAAUAACAGGAUAUAAAUUGUUCUAUAAAAAGAAUGGCUCUGCUGCAAGACCUACUUGGCUAACUAUUUCAAAUGGCACAACUCACUAUAAAAAGUUGACAGGGCUUGCUAAAUACACAAAGUACGAGUUUCAGUUAUUGGCUUUCACAUCUGUUGGUGAUGGGCCAAAGAGUUCAAUCAAGGUUGGCGAAACGAACGAAGAUGCUCCAUCAAAACCUCCGAGUAACUUUACAGUGAAAGCAAGCUCUUCUACCAGUAUUGGAGCAUCCUGGCAAUUACCACCAGCGGACUCCAGACAUGGAAUUAUCAUUGGAUUUAAAUUGUACUACCAAAAGAGAGGUUCUCCAACAUUACAAACAUUACUAACAAUUAAAAAUGGGAAGGUUCGUAGCAAACCUGUAACAGGGCUUGCUCAGUUCACAGAAUAUGAAUUCCAAGUGUUAGCCUUCACUUCCGUUGGAGAUGGACCAAAGAGUUCUACAAUGGUCGAAAGAACAAAGGAGGAUGCUCCAUCACAGGCCCCCAGCAACUUCUCUUUAAUUGUGCGUAGUUCUACUAGUAUAUCUACAUCCUGGCAGUUACCACCGGCUAAGUCCAGAAAUGGAAUUAUUACAGGAUUUAAAGUUUUCUUCAAAAAGAAAGGCUCUGCAAAGUUACCAGCCUCUAUAACUAUUAAUGGUACAACUCAAACUAAAGACGUCACUGAGCUUGAAAAGUACACAGAAUAUGAAUUUCAAGUGUUGGCCUUCACUUCUGUUGGUGAUGGACCAAAGAGUUACGUUAGGAUUAAGAGAACGAAAGAGGAUGUUCCAUCAAAAUCUCCAAGAAAUUUUACUGUAGCCGCAAGUUCCUCUUCCAGUAUGACAGCAUCCUGGCAGUUACCACCAAAGGACUCUAGAAAUGGAAUUGUGCGAGGAUUUAAAUUGCUCUUUAAAAAGAGAGGCGUCAUUGGGUUACCAAACACUUUGACCAUUGGGAAUGGGACGGUCCGUACUAGAGAUGUCUUUGGACUAGAUAAGUACACGGAAUAUGAAUUUCAAGUGUUGGCCUUCACAUCUGUUGGGGAUGGAGCAAAGAGUUCUGCUAAAGUUGCAAGAACAAAAGAAGAUGCUCCUUCUAAAGCUCCAAGUAACUUCUCAGUAAUGGCGAGCAAUUCCACUAGUAUUACAGCAUUUUGGCAGUUACCACCAGCAAACUCCAGAAAUGGAAUUAUCACAGGAUUUAAAUUGUUCUUCAGGAAGAGAGGCUCUGCAAGAUUACCGGUCGAUUUAACUAUCAGCAACGGACAAAUUCGUUUUAAACAUGUGACAGGGCUUAAUAAAUACUCCGAAUAUGAAUUUCAAGUGUUAGCCUUCACGUCUGUUGGUGAUGGACCAAGGAGUACUGUUGUUGUCAUGAGAACAAUGGAAGAUGUUCCGUCCCAUUCUCCAAGAAAUUUCAGCGUAACUGCGAGAUCCUCUACGACUGUUACAGCAUCCUGGCAGUUACCAUCUGUUGAAUUCAGACAUGGAUUUAUUAUAGGAUUUAAAAUAUCCUACCAAAAGAAAGAUCCUGUAGCAACAACAGUCAUUUUAAAUAUCACGAAUGGAACCGUCGAGACUAUAGAGAUCACGGGCCUCGAUAAGUACACAGAAUAUGAAUUUCAAAUUUUGGCCUUUACUUCUGCUGGCAAUGGACCAUGGAGUCCUCUUGUUGUUCGAAGAACAAAGGAAGAUGUUCCUACAGGAUCCCCGGAUAACUUCACUGUAGUAGUGAGCUCUUCCACCAGUAUCACAGCGACUUGGCAGUUACCACCUACAGACGUCAGGAAUGGAAUUAUCACAGGAUUCAAAUUGUUCUACAGAAAGAAAGAAUUUCUACAUCUACCAACCACUUUAACUAUUACCAAUAGCACAAGUCGCCGUAAAAUUGUUACCGGGUUGGAUAAGUACACGGAAUAUCAAUUUCAAGUAUUGGCAUUCACUUUUGUUGGUGAGGGGCCGAACAGUCCUGUAAAGGUGCAAAGGACAGCAGAAGAUGUUCCUUCGGGAUCUCCCAGUAACUUCAUCUUAACUGCAAGCUCUUCUACCAGUAUCACGGCAUCAUGGCAGUUACCACCAGCAGACUCCAGAAAUGGAAUCAUUCUAGGAUUUAACUUGUUUUACAAAAUAAAAGGCUCUGGGGAUCUAUUGACCAUGAUAACUAUUAACAAUGGAACAGCCAGCAAUGAAGAUGUUACAGGGCUCGAGAAGUACACAGAAUAUGAAUUUCAAAUGUUGGCCUUCACGUCUGUUGGCGAUGGACCAAACAGUUCUGUUAAGAUUGAAAGAACAAGGGAAGAUGUUCCAUCGAAAUCUCCAAGCAAUUUUACUGUGACAGUUUCCUCCUCUACCAGUAUUAUGACAUCGUGGCAUUUGCCGCCGGAGGACUUCAGAAAUGGAAGAGUUCAGGGAUUUAAAUUGUACUACAAAAAGAAAGGUUCCACCGGGUUACCAAACACUAUAACCAUUAGGAAUGGGACGUUUCUUACUAAAGAUUUCAUUGGACUAGAGAAAUACACCGAAUAUGAAUUCCAAGUGUUGGCCUUUACCUCUGUUGGUGAUGGACCAAAGAGUUCUGUUGAAGUAGCGAGAACAAAGGAAGAUGUUCCAUCAAAAGCGCCGGGUAACUUCUCCGUUACUGCCAGCAACUCUACUGCUAUCACAGCGACUUGGCAGUUGCCACCAGGAGACUCCAGAAAUGGAAUCAUCACAGGAUUUAAAUUGUUCUUCGUAAAGAAAGGUUCCGCAGGAUUACAGGUGGCUUUAACAAUAAGCAAUGGACAAAUCCGUUUUAAGCAUGUGAAUGGGCUUGAUAAAUACACUGAGUAUGAAUUCCAAGUGUUAGCCUUCACUUCUGUUGGUGAUGGACCAAGGAGUGCUGUUGUUGUGGAGAGAACAAUGGAAGAUGUUCCAUCCCGAGCUCCAAGUAACUUAAACGUAACCGCAAGCUCGUCCACGAGUGUGACAGCAUCCUGGCAGCUUCCAUCUAUUGAAUCCAGGCAUGGAAUUAUUACAGGAUUUAAAUUAUCUUACAGAGAGAAUGUUACUACAGCAGCACCAGUCAUUCUGAAUAUCACUAAUGGAACAGUCGAAGCCAAAGACAUCGCCGGGCUCGAUAAAUACACAGAAUAUGAAUUUCAAGUGUUGGCCUUUACAUCUGUUGGUGAUGGACCAAAGAGCCCUGUCGUCGUUGUUAGAACAGAGGAGGAUGUUCCUUCAAGAUCCCCGAAUAACUUCACUUUAGUGGUGACCUCUUCCACUAGUAUAACGGUGUCUUGGCAACUACCACCAGUAGAAGCUAGGAAUGGAAUCAUCACAGGAUUCAAAUUAUUCUACAAAAAGAAAGGAUUUAUAAAUUUAUCAACCACUUCAGCUAUUAGCAAUGGCACAAGUCGCUAUAAAAUUGUCACUGGGCUGGAUAAGUACACAGAAUAUGAAUUUCAAAUGUUGGCGUUUACAUCAGUUGGUGAUGGGCCGAACAGUUCUGUAGAAGUGGAAAGGACAGCGGAAGAUGCUCCUUCCAAAGCGCCAGAAAAUUUCACUGUGACUGCACAUAGUUCUACCAGUAUUACAGCCUAUUGGCAGUUACCACCAACAGCCUCCAGAAACGGGAUCAUCGUAGGAUUUAAAUUGUUUUACAAAAAGAUAGAUUCUGCAGCUUCAGCAACAAUGAUAAUUCUAAACAAUGGAACGAUCAAUAUUAGAAAUGUCACUGGGCUUGAUGAGUACGCAGAGUAUGAAUUUCAAUUGCUUGCCUUCACUCCUGUUGGUGAUGGACCAAAGAGCUCACUUCAAUUUGCAAAGACAAUGGAAGAUGUUCCCUCGGAAGCUCCAACUAACUUUACUUUGACCGCAAGCUCUUCUACCAGUAUUACAGUAGGCUGGCAGUUACCACCAAAGGACUCCAGAAAUGGAGUCAUCACAGGAUUUAAAUUAUUUUACAAAAAUAAAGGCUCCAUCUUGGCACCGACUUGCUUAACCAUUUACAACGGAACAACUCGUACCAGAGUUGCAGCUAAACUUGAUGAGUACACAGAAUAUGAAUUUCAAGUGUCAGCCUUCACUUCUGUUGGUGAUGGACCAAAAAGUUCUGUAGAAGUUGAAAGAACAAUGGAAGAUGUUCCCUCGGGAUAUCCAAGUAACUUCACCGUGGCAGCAAGCUCUUCUACCAGUAUAACAACAUUCUGGCAGUUACCACCAACAUACUCCAGAAAUGGAAUCAUUGUGGGAUUUAAAUUGUUUUACAAAAGGAAGAGGUCUGGGGGAUCAGCAACCAUGAUAACUAUCAACAAUGGCACAACUGACACUAAAAAUAUCACUGGGCUUGUUAAAUACACAGAAUAUGAAUUUCAAAUGUUGGCCUUCACUUCUGUCGGUGAUGGGCCGAACAGUUCCGUGGAGAUUACGAGAACAAAAGAAGAUGUGCCUUCAAAACCUCCAAGUAAUUUUUCUGUGACUGCAAGCUCCUCUACUAGUAUUACAGCAUCCUGGCAGUUACCAUCAGCAAACUUUAGGAAUGGAAUUAUAACAGGAUAUAAAUUGUUGUACAAGAAGAAGCAUUCUGUAGCACCAGUAACCAGAAGUACUGUCUUUAAUGUAUCGAUCCAUACUGAAAAUAUCACUGGGCUUGAUAAGUACACAGAAUAUGAAUUUCAAGUGUUGGCCUUUACUUCUGUUGGUGAUGGAUCAAAGAGUUCCCUUCAUGUAGAGAGAACAAAGGAAGAUGCUCCUUCUAAAGCUCCGGCUAACGUAUCUGUGACGGCAAAGUCUUCUACAAGUUUUAUAGUCUCUUGGCAGCCUCCACCAGAAAAUGGAAGAAAUGGAAUCAUCACAGGAUUUAAAUUGUUUUACAAGGAAAGGAGCUCGGAGGGUACCGCGACCACAGUAACUAUUAACGGUGAAGCAUCAUUAAGAAGAGAUGUUAGUGGGCUUAAUAAGUACACAGAAUAUGAAUUUCAAGUGUUGGCCUUCACUUCUGCUGGCGAAGGACCGACAAGUGCCGUUAAGGUCGAGCGAACAAAAGAAGAUGCACCGAGCUCUCCUCUAUCCUUUUCCUAUAAGGAAGUUGCCCCGAAUGCCGAAUUACACGGUCCGAGAAUAAACUUGACUUGGAGCAAGCCAACAGAAGCUAAUGGAAUCAUUAGGAGUUACACUGUGUUUUAUGCAAACCAAGAAGGUGAAACGAAUCGAAGUGUUGGAGGAAAUACGUUCAGUUACUUGGUGGAUGUCCUGGGUGGAGUUACUUAUCAUUUCUAUGUCAGAGCUGUAACUAUCAAACCUGGACAGAAUGCCUCUUUUUCUGUGAAAACCUAUGAGUACGAACCCAGCCGUGCACCAGAAAAUGUGUCGUCUAUCAAAGUUGAGUACACAAAAUAUCAGAUAACCUGGGAUGCUUUGACCAGAGAGGUAGCAAAUGGGUUAAUCAAAAUGUAUCAAGUUAGACUUACUUUGAAAGAAAGUUGCACUUCGGUUGACGCUUCCUUUAACUCGACAUACAACACAACCAAAACAGAGAUGCUGUUUUCCAGUCUUUCAAUUUGCACAAGUUAUGAAGUGUCUGUUAGAGCUUUCACUGAGGCUGGACCUGGACCUUACAGCAAACCUUUAGUGAUCCAGACGUUGGGUACACUUUGGUCUCUUGAAAAGCCUUCUCCACCAGCGUUUUCUACGAAUUCUAGUGAUAGAGGAAUCACGGCAAAAAUAACGUUCCCAAAUUUCCCGGGACAUGCAAAUUUUUUCCAAGUCAUCGUCAUAACCUAUCGGUCAGACUACACUGGUGUCGUAAACCCACAAGCAGAUUUUACAACACAAGACCUGAUGACUUAUGAGGACGCUCAUAAAUCUCCACUGCCUGCAGCUUAUGUCACUUUCCAGUUUGGAGGAGAUGAUUUUUACAAAAAUCAAGAAUUUACUGUUGGAGAUGGAGUCCACUCAAGCAGUAAAAUAAGGAGCAAAAGCAGUGAUGCCGAAGAGUAUUAUUACAACAAACCAUUGCAGCUGAAUACGAACUACAGAGUAUUUCUCAGAGCUUUUGUUUCAGAGGCUCUGUACACCUCGAGUAGCUACAUAGCGCUGAAAACCUAAGAUAAGCCAGUGGUUAAGGAACUACCAGAAACGACAACCAUAAUAGUUGGUGAAUUGGCAGUGUUGACAUGUGAGGCCAGCGGAGAUCCACA